GCAACGCACUGUGAUGGCGCCGCGCACCGCCGCCAGCCGAGCGGUCCAACGUCGUCGAACCGCUACUCCGUGACGGGCCGCGGCCGUCUCUCUUCUCUCCGCCGUUUCUUUCUUUUCUCUUCCCUCCCGUGCGAUCUUGGCGCGCGCGCGAAUCGCGGUGGACGUUCAGGUGGAAAGUUGACGCGGCGGUGCGCGCGAUCCUCCGCCGUUUCGCGUGUUGUGUUGUGACCGCGGAGUGGAGAUAUCUAGUGUGGUGUUGUUACGACGAGAAGUCAUAUCGUCGAGUGGAUCGUGGAAAAGUUCGGUGUCGAGACUCGAGGUGGGAGGACGGAAGAUCUCGCGGGGCGUUGGAUCGAUCGGGUCGGUGACAAGCGACUCGAGGCGAGGCGUCGAGCGAGCGAAUGUUGGAAAUUGGUGGACGGGAGCGAGGCGAAUCGAUGGCGCGGGGGAGAUGGUGACACGGCACGGUCGUGGCAGCACGCGCGGUGUUGCGUCACGUGACCGAAGGCGGCUGGUAGGAAGGCGACAGGCGGCCAGUCCAGUGGGGAAGGCGAGCAGCGGAUAAAGCGAAGAAGCGGUUGUGGGAUCGUCGUCGGAUGGGCCGUCGCCGGAUCGCGAGAUGUCCUAGCGAAGGCAGGGAUCGCGCGUGUCCGACCCGAUACGAUCCCCCAGCGACGACCCCCUCCCCCCCGUGUUUCCAAUCGCCCUCGCACGUCCCCCUCCCGCCCUCCCGGAACGCGCUCUCCCCGUGCUCGGAUCGACGGGUGAAAAAAGGAAAGGGGGGAAAGGAGAAGGAAAGGAAAGACACGUGCGCGCGCGAGCGAGCUUCCUCCUUUCCGCGGUUCCUUUUCGAAAUUUCGUCCCGAUACGCGUCCCUUCCUCCGUCCCCUUUCCUCGUUCGUCGCGCACGCACGCACACAUACACGCGCGCGGUUCUGCCUCGUUUCUCUACGUACGCGUAUGCACGCGGAGACGAGCAAGUUUCCGAAUCGAGUCCACCAAAGUCCUUGAUCCUGUUGAGCAAGGGGUGAUCCUGGGCCCCACCCGUGUGCGAAGGAACCACACCCCGGUCACCAGAAAAGGAACGGAGGAUACCAGAUUUACCGGGCGCCUCCUGGUGAUGACAGUGGCACGCCGCGGAGGCUAAGGUGGUGGGGGUGUCGCGGCGGGUGAAGAAGUGGCGAGGCUCGUGAAAAUUGGGGCCGGGAACGGACGAUCCGGGCAGCGGUAGUGGUGGCGGAACGGCAGGGGUACUAUGGGAGCGGGGGUAUGGGGGGCGGAGGAGGGCUGCAAGCCACGGACCUCCGGCGAAGGCUCGAGUCCACGAGGCGUUCGGGAACCACGACUCGUCGUCCCCAGAGUCCUCCUCGUUCCCUAAGGCGCGAUGCUUCCCGACCGUGCCACGACGCCACCGAUGACCAGGAAGAAAGAGUCGAGUUGCAAGCGACUCUGGCCUCCGGUCAGCCCACGUGCACAGGUUGGCGGGCGUGCAGACGGCAGGACGGGAGGAAGGAGGAUGGAGAGGAGGGGGAAGGAGGGUGGAGGAGGUGGUGGAGCGGCGGAUCAGGCGUAAUCGGUUCGUCGGCGCGCGGGGCGAGGAUCUUUGGCGCGGAUCAGGACGGGAGGAAGGAAGGAAGGAGCGGGAAGAGGCAUCGGCUUCGAUGGCGUCGAGGGGAUUUACGGUGGAUCGCGGACGUGGCAACGAGGACCCUCCUCCUCGGCAUCGUGCUUUUCGUUACGCCAGGUCUGUGCAACCAGGACGCGGUGCACAUUACGGCGAUCCUUGGGGAGAGCGUUGUCUUCAACUGUCACGUAGAGUUCCCCGGUGAGCACCCAGUGCCCUACGUUCUCCAAUGGGAGAAGAAGGUAGGAGAUGCGGGGCAGGAGAUACCGAUAUACAUAUGGUACGACUCGUAUCCGACCCACAGUGGCGAGGGUUACGAGGGCCGGGUCUCGAGGGUGAGCCCGAACUCACCUUACGGCGGGGCGAGCCUCAACCUGACCGACAUCCGCGAGAGCGAUCAAGGAUGGUACGAGUGCAAGGUCGUUUUCCUCAACAGGUCGCCCAACAAGAACGGCACCUGGUUCCAUCUGGACGUCCACGUUCCAAGAGUGUCGAGGGAGGAUAAAAACGAUUGGUUGGUUUUCGUAGCGCCGCCAAAAUUCAGCAUCACGCCGGAGGAGAUGAUCUACGUGAACGUGGGCGACGCGAUAAUAUUGAACUGCCAGGCGGAGGGCACGCCGACACCCGAGAUCCUUUGGUACAAGGACGCGAGCCCGGUCGAGCCCUCGUCGACCAUAGGGAUAUUCAACGACGGCACCGAGCUCAGGAUCUCGACCAUCAAGAGCGAGGACAUCGGGGAUUACACGUGCAUCGCUCGUAACGGAGAGGGUCAGAUCAGUCACACGGCCCGCGUCAUAAUCGCUGGUGGAGCAGUGAUCACCGUGCCGCCGAUGAACCAAACGAAAUUGGAAGGGGAGAAGGUGCAGUUUAACUGCGAGGCUAAAGCUCUUCCCGGCAACGUGACCGUACGUUGGUUCCGCGAGGGUUCGCCGGUUACGGAACUCUCGGAGCUGGACACGAGAGUGACGAUCAAAUCGGACGGUAGCCUGGUGAUCAAUCCCGUGAGCGCCGACGAUUCAGGCCAAUACCUUUGCGAAGUGACGAACGGCAUCGGUGAUCCGCAAAGCGCCAGCGCUUACCUAAACGUGGAAUAUCCGGCAAAAGUGACGUUCACUCCCACGGUGCAAUAUCUGCCGUUUCGGUUGGCUGGCGUGGUACAUUGUUACAUAAAAGCGAAUCCCACCCUUCAAUACGUGACGUGGACGAAGGACAAACGAUUGCUCGAACCUUAUCAAACGAAGGAUAUCGUUGUGAUGAACAAUGGCUCCCUGCUUUUUACACGAGUCAAUGAGAAUCACCAGGGCCGGUAUACCUGCACGCCUUAUAACGCGCACGGCACGCAAGGAAGUUCCGGGCCGAUGGAGGUGCUCGUGCGAAAUCCGCCUGUGUUCACUCUCGAGCCGGAGCCGAUCUAUCAGAAAAAGGUGGGCGAAACGGUGGAGAUGCACUGCGACGCUCAGGAAGCGGAGGGCACGCAGAAACCCACGAUACAGUGGCACAGGAGGGAUGGCGCGUCCAUCCAACGAAAUCGGGCCAAGACCGUCGGCGGGAAUUUAACGAUCGAAAGCCUUCGCCGCUCGGAUUUCGGCUUCUACCAGUGCGUGGCGUCCAACGAGGUUGCCACCAUAUCGGCCUCCACGCAAUUGAUCGUCGAAGGCACGCAACCCCACGCCCCGUACAACGUAACCGGUACCGCGACCGAGUUCUCGGUCACGUUGACUUGGCUGCCGGGAUACUCUGGAGGGCCUGAUUACAAACAAGACUAUACCAUCUGGUACAGAGAAUCGGGUACGUCGGAAUGGAAGAUGAUUCCGGUAACUCCGUCGGGAAGCACAACGGUGACGAUCAACAGUCUGACGCCAGGAACGCUGUACGAGUUCCAAGUGAUAGGGAAGAACGCUCUGGGCGAUGGAAUGUUGAGCAAACUGAUCACGAUCAGGACCCUUGACGUGGCACUGACGCAUUCAGCGACUCCAUCCUCGAACGCCGGCCAAGCUGCAGCCACGGACGAAAGCGACAUCUUAGAUCAUAAUACACUCAUAUUACCGACCGAUUCCACCGGCAACCCAGUGUUCCCGCCAAUCAUGCGCCCGAAAGGACCGAAGCCAGGUCCUCCGAAAAAUCUGACGGUGACGGAGGUCAGUAACGGUUUCCUCAUCACCUGGGAGGCCCCUGUGGAGCGUAAUCACCUGAUUCAAUAUUACACCAUCAAGUACAAGACGGACGGGCCGUGGAAAACGCUGAACAAGGGACAGAUCAGGGCCGAGGAAACCAGUUAUUUGGUGAAAAAUCUGGUCGGUGGUAGGACGUAUUAUUUCCAAGUGUUCGCGAAUUCGGCGACCAACUACGGGGCCAGCGAUCAGGUGAAGUUCGCGGUCCCGGCGCGGGUGAAGCACAAGGCGAUCACCGCGGGCGUCGUCGGUGGUAUACUGUUCUUCAUUGUCGCGAUCAUCCUCAGCAUAUGCGCGGUGAAGAUUUGCAAUAAGCGGAAGAGACGAAAACAGGAGAAAGAACUGCUUUCAGCGUAUAGUAUGGUGGCCUGCCGGGUCACCGACGCCAGGAACGGCGCAGGGCAGGGGCCCCAGGGAACAGUGCCUUUGAAAAAACCUAGAAAAAGCCGAGUACCAGGUCUGAAUCUCCUGAGGGAGAUUCUGAACCCGGGCACGCCCGACUCGUGCCGCGGCCGACCACUGGGUAAGAUCUCGCGGGCGGCGGACGGCCGCUUCGUGGUGGCCGACUCUGCCCUCAGCUCGGCCAACAACAGCAUCCUGGACGCGUCGAGCAGCGACGACGGCGGUUUCCUGCCGAGGCAACGGUUGGCCAAGUCGUCGUGGAGGCGGCCGCUGGUCGGCACCAGCCAGCUCAGCCUGAGGUCGGACGGGAGCGGCGUCUCGAUCGGCGGCGGGGGCGGCGGCGGCGUCCCCCCGCCCUCGAUGCACCACCACCACCACCACCACCACCACCACCACCUGCACCACGGGACGGUGAACUCGUUGAGCUCGAGGGUAGCGCCGACCGUGUGCACGAUCUCGUCGCCGAGAUUUCUGGCGAGCUCGCCGAGCGGGCCCCAGGUGCCGUGGACGCCGCUGUACUUCAGCGACCUGAGCUCGGUCAGGCAGCCGUCCUCGGGCGGGGAGCGGUCGUUCCCGACGCCGCCCGACUACCUGCAGCUGCGCAGCGUGCACCAGCGCUACAGCCAGGAGCUGCCCUCCCUCAAGGCGAUACACGCCGAGUCGAGGCGGUUCGUGCCGGUCCAGCCGCUGGCCACCUCCUCGCCGCCCCAGCCGGCGGGCAGGUCGAGGGCGAGGCUGCCGCCGAGGCACGCGAGGCACGCGAGGUCCGCCCCCGAGUUGGCCGCCUCGCCCGACCUCGAGACCUCGCCCGAGAGCAGGUCGAGCAGCUCGGGCUUCGGCAGCAAGAACACGUCGCAGCAGAACCAGAGCUCGAGGAGCGGCAGCACGGUGGCCGAGUGGAGGCCGCCCCCCUACAGGCCGCCGCCCCCGCCCCUCGUCGGCCGCUGGCUCGAGCUCCAGGAUCAGCCGGCCAAAGCCGGCCACGGCCAGACCACGGCGGUGGACGCCGGCAGCGUGGACGGCCACUACGAGUUCGACCCCGUCUCCUGCACGCCCACCCCCACCUCCGCCUCCACCCCGACCAGGGAGGAGAGGCUGCCCGUCCACCAGAUCCACCACCAGCUUCAUCACCAGCCGCCGAGGUACAGCAGGGACAACAUCGAGGCGAGGGUGCAAGCGAUGAAGGCCGAGUUCCAUCAAUUUCGACAGCGGCAAGCGAGGAGAAGGCAGAGCGCUCAUUUGGAGAGCGCUUGUUGAACGAGAGGAGAGCACUGUUCCAGAUACACGUCGCAUCAUCGAAUGGAUCCCGGCUGUGACGAGAAUUCGUAUUCGUUCACGGAGACCAACCGUUAGAAAAAAGCACAACGAGGAUCAUCGCACGCGAUUCCAGUAUAGGAAAACUUCAAGUCAAUUCUAUCAGCUGGGCAAAUCAUCUCUGUAAAAAUGUAGAAAGAAAAGAAACAAAAAAAAAUCGAAAAAAAAAAAGAGAAAAGGCUGUUAACGACAAACAUCAGCUCAGGACAUUAUUAAAUUUUCAUCGAUGAACGAACGACAAAAACGUAGUAGAACGAAUGCGUUUUGUUAAGAACCUGUCUAUCGUUCGAGUUCGAUCGUUGAAGAUCCGAGAGGAGACCAACGAGCCAGUCUUUCUCCCAACUUCCUCCCUCUCUUACGUUCGAAGGAAGAAGCAUAGCAGAAGAAGGAGAAGGAGAAGGAAGAAGAAAAGAAGAGAGAGACGAUUCGAAUUCGACGAUCAUUUAUUAUUGGUCAUAUCCCGCGUGGUACGCCUACGUCCAAUUCGAAGGACCGCGAUUUUUAGCGUUACUAAAUAUUAAUAGAGAGUCGGGGAAUGCGAGGAAAUGAAAGUUUUCCAAGCACUGAAAUUAUUAUUCCGACCGACAGACUGCGCGGCAUACGAUCGGCAAAAUAUUGAAUACGCGCGAGGAGGUUUUACUUUAGAGGAGGAACGUUGAUAAAAGAAAAAAAGAAAAAAAAAAAAAAGAAACGAGAGAUGGCACGAUGCUCCAAAGAAUCUGUACCAUGCUCCGAUACUAUACCUUUUAAAAAAACGACACGUAAGAUUAACCUUAAUCGUACACUGUAAGUAUUACAAUUAAAGGAAAACGGAAAAAAAAAAUAAUAAUAAUAAUAAAUAACGAAAAAAAAAAAUAAAUGCGAGACAACGGGAAAAAAAGAAGAGGAAGAAGAGGAGGAAGAAAUAAGAAAAGACACGAGUAAGAUAAUCGAAGAAUUACCACACACGUAUACAUACAUACACACACAAUGAGAAAUUAAGUAAUGAAAAAAGAAAAAAAAAGGAAAAAAGAAAAAAAGAAAAAAAGAAGUUUAAAAAAAGUAAAUUAUAUCGACGAGCAAAAUGGACUCGAAACGUGAUAUUAGGCCGAAGCUUGCCUGGAGAUUGCUUAAGGACUCACUCGUACUGCACUGCCUGUUUAGGGUUUCGCUAGCGACCCAACAUAUUAUCGGCACAAUAAUUUUUCUUAAGCAAACGUAAACGAGAAUAAAAAUAACGUUCUUUGAAUCUAUCGCGCGCGUCCUGACGGCCACGAGGCUUGCGUACACGUGCGUGCACGCUUUCCGCGAUUAUCGAGAACCGUACACCGCCUUUCCCCUUCCCUCUCUUCCUUCCUACGUCCCCUUCCCUUUCACUCGGGUCAAACCUUUCGAUCGGAUCGACUUUUGCCACGCGCGAAAACUUCCCCUUCGGUCAACUGCCAGUGAAUACAAUGACGAUGACGAUGACGAUGACGAUGACGAGAAAAAAAGAAAAGAAAAGAAAAUCAUUUUUUGAUUCAUUCCUGAUUCAUCCCGAUUCCGUUGGUCCCGACGGGGAGAGCGCUCGCCACAGCAAAAGCUCCUGUGACUGAUUAAACGAAAGAAUAAAAUAAAAUAAAACCGAAAGGAGACCGCUGCUAAUCGUGCACUCGCGUGGAUGCAUCGCCCUUCGAAUGCCGUGAUCCGUGCAUUAUAGGAAGAAAAAACAAUUAUACACGCGUACACUCGUAUCGACACACGACGUUAAAUACGACGUACAUUCUUACACUACCUAAAAAUUAUACAUACAGACGAAGCGAAAAAGGAUGAGCGCGAGAGAGAGGAUGAGUGAACGAUGAGUGCGAAUGAACACGGACACACGCGUAACACGAACACGUUCUUCGAGACCCACCUGAUUUUCACCAAACGCAUUUCUAUUAGGGGAAAAAAAGAGAAAAAAACGGAAAAAAAAAAAAAAAAAAAAAAAAAAAAAAAAAAAAAGUAAUCAUCUCGAGUCGAGGACGAAGCUCGUGGUCGGCCCACAGAGUGUUCGAGAUACGAUGCGAAAUACGGGCUAACUUCGAUCGAGUUAAUAGAAGAAAAAAAAACG